AUGAGCCAAAUUGGGAGUGUUGAUGAGAACGUCGCCAUUCGUCAACAUCACCACUACCUUUGGCCUUAUUAUACGACUGCUGUCCACCUGAAGGCAGAGGCGAACCACGACACCCCUGCAUUGACAUCACUGAAGAUGGUUUCACCUUCCUCGAUCCACCACUUUAUGCACAAUGUCAUACAGGCUCUCCGUCAGUAUGCCGACAGGCCAGCAUACCGCCCGUACGUAGACGGUCGUUCUUGGGACAUGGUCACUAUGCGCGAACUGGAGCAGCACCUUGCGGCUGCUUGUAUCCGCUGGCGCGAAGUGCUUGAGCCGGCCGUUUGCCAGUCCGGAGAUGUCAUUGGAUGCUGCCUCACUGGCAAGAAAUAUACGGAUAUCGUCAACGUUCUCAGCCUUUGCUCCAUGGGAUUCGUACCCCAGCUGUUCAGCCCCAAUUACACCGCGGGGCAGAUAACCAGCAUGCUUGCCGCAUCGCAGGCUCGCGUAUUCGUCAAGGAUUCCGACGUCUCAUCCAUACCUCCCUCGCACAAGUUCACUGUUCCUGUGUUCUCUACGAUUUCGAGGGCUGAUAUCAAUGCACUCGUCGCCCACGCGGAACUGAACAUGUUGGAUCUGCGCGUCGACAAGCUCCCGGCGGUCCUCCCAACGGAUCCUGCAUUUAUCGGGCAUACGUCCGGUUCGACCGCGGGCCUACCGAAGACAAUUCCACAGGCGCAUCGAUGGAUCAACCAAAUUUACGCCAAGUGGGGGCCAUUCGAUGUUGUUGAGUAUGGGUCGCCGACUUUCUUGAACACUUUUGGUAACUUAGCCCAUGUUGGUUCACUGUGCGGCGUGAUUGGUGCUAUCCGAGCAGGGUCGUGCACGGUUCAACCUUCCGGGCCUGCCGUCACGGCCAAGGAGCUUGAAGCUCUGGUCAAUGUUGCCGGUCUCAACACUGUUAUGCUGUAUUCCACGUUCCUCUCGAAUCUUCUACAGGAGGCUCGCAAAGACGCACAAGUAUUGCAAUUGCUUCGACAGCUGAGGCGUAUCUGGUACAUGGGUACACCCCUCGGGAGUGAAGACGAGGCAUGGGGUUACAACGAAACAAACGGGCUGAAGCUCCAAAAUUACUUCGCUACGUCAGAAUGUGCAACCCUCAUGAUCUCCAACAUUGGAUACGGCCCCUCGGCCAGCCUUCUGCGCAUCAUCCCAGGUACCUUUGCGCAAAUGAUCCCUUAUCAAGGCGGCUCAGAGGAUAUUCCUCUCUACGAACUUGUUCUCCCCACGGAGGCACCCGAUGGACCGCAUGAGUCAAUGUAUAGCGCUGAUGGGUGGUAUCAUACGAACGAUUUGUUCGAGCUCGUUGAGAAGGGUACGUCCCAAAGCGGAGAAAAUGGGGACGGCUAUGCAUAUCGAGGACGAGCGAACGACUGGAUCAAGACAAACCAAGGCUUUAUUGAUACCAUCGCGACUGAGGAUGCCAUGCGGCGUCUCUGCGGCGAUGUCAUCCAUGACGCCGUUGUUGUUGGGCAGGGACAGCCCUGGCCUGUCUUCAUCGUUGAAACCAAAAGCCACAAAAACGUCGACGAGAAAAGCUUGCUCAAGCGAGAGAUAAUUGCUCGAAUGGCCGACUGGGGCAAGGAUAGAUACAAAUGGGAGCGGGUUGAUGAUCCGCAGCGAAUCAUUGUUGUCGAAGAAGGGGAAUUACCGAGGACCGGGGAGAAGUCAAACAUAAAGUGA